CACGAGGUCCGACACGGAAGUAUCAGCUCAGCUGCUGUCCCGAGGAUCUUGUUAUUGCCCGACAAGCCGAUUUUGUUCUCUUUUCUUGUUUUCAGUUCACAGCAAAUGACAAAUUAUAUGUUAUUUUAUUACAUUCAUAUUGCUUUCGAAAAGUAAAGUUUAUUUUCUUUAGGCUUCGUUAAAAUUGCUCGCAAUAUGUCUUCUGAGGAGUUUGAAAAGCUGCAUGAGAUGUAUAAAUCUCUAUAUGAAGAAGUGAAGUUGAUGCCUGAACGGGUGCAGAGGUGCCAGGGAGAGGAAAGGAAGAGGAUUGUCAGGGACUUUGAUGAGCGUGUUUCAGAGGCUGAAGAAGUGCUUCAGGGCAUGGAACAGGAGCUGUUUGGUGCUCCAUCAUCCUUCCGAACCCCCAUGUCAACAAAGAUUCGACUGUACCGGCGAGAUCUGGCCAAACUGCAGAGAGACAUACGCCUCUCAGCAACACCAGGGUUUUCAAGUCACCUUGGAGACAGCAGACAAGGGAUAUAUGCGGCACAGAAUGACCAGAGUACUCAUCUUCAGUCCCAGCGUGCUUUGCUCAUCCAGGGGACAGAGUCUCUAAAUAAUGCGUCAAAAAGUAUUGAGCGAAGUCAACAGAUUGCAGCAGAGACUGACAUGAUUGGCACAGACAUCAUUGAGGAGCUUGGAGAACAGAGAGAUCAACUGAACCGCACAAGAGACAGAUUGGUUCACACUGGAGAGAACCUGAGCCGCAGCAGGAAAAUCCUGCGCGCAAUGUCCAGAAGACUGGUGACGAACAAGCUGCUGCUAUCAGUCAUUAUCAUCAUGGAGAUGGCCAUCUUGGGGGCGGUGGUCUACUUGAAGUUCUUUCGCAAGUAGGCAGAGGCACAUAAGACUGUAUAGAGACUCCACCUCUCCCCUUUCUUCUUCCUGGCGUUCACUGGUGUUUGUCCCGGUGACAAAGUACUGGAAGCUUUCGUGACUGUGAGUGUCACAUUGACAUGUAUAUGUGGUUAUUUUAAGCGCUAAACUGUAUUAGCAUAAGUAGUGCUCUGAGGGUAAAAAGAGGAUGGUGACCAUGGUGCAUUGAGACUGGAGGAUCAGGACAUGUAUAAAGAGGAGAGAGGGCCUUACUCCCUCCUUAGCUGUCUUAAUCAAGGUGCCAAGGUGAUCUAGAAGAUGAAUGGACAGAUGGAUGGUGUAAAUGAAGCAACCCGUGAAGAGUGGAAAAUGUGUGUGUGUGUGUGUGUAUAUAUAUAUAUAUAUAUAUAUAUAUAUAUGCAAUCUACAUUCUUAUAUUUAUCAAUGACUUCACAGGGAUAGUACAUAAAAAAAAAAUUCUGUCAUCAUUUAAUCACCCUCGUGUUAUUCCGAACCUUAUUUUUGUGUCCCUAAAAAAUAUGACUGGGGUCCGAUUGAGUUUCAUUGUAUGGACAAAAAAAGGUUGGAACAUUCUUCAAAAUUUCUUUUGUAUUUUAGUGAAGAAAGAAAGUCUUACAGGUUUGAAGAAACUUAUGACAGAAUUUUUAUUUUUGAGAGAACUAUACCUCUAACUACUACUGAACUUUUAACUAAGUGAUCUGAAUUACAUUGUGUACAAAUGUUAACGUGGCAUUAAAGGUAACAGCUCGUGUUUUUCCUCCAAUCAAUCAAAACAAAGCUGAGUGUACUCCAGGCCAAGGGAAUGAGAAUGACAGCUAUAAACACGUAACUUCCUUCAUAAGCUGUGGUUGGUGGAGAAAGGGGUGUGUUUAGCCUUUCAGAUAUGGGGGUAGACAUUACUGUAAACAUGACUGAAAAUAAGGUGACACGAACACCUGUUAGAGUAGAAAGACCAGUGUCCAUGGCUAUCAGGUCACCUUGACAUACUGACAUUUUUCCAGCUGACUGUUGGAAAACAGCAGAGGUAUCAGUGGAGAUUUGAGGUGUGAGCAGGUCAUUCACACUUUUACGUUGUUUAUGAUCGGCAUCUAUAAUCCCCAUCACAUUCCUCAAUCAUAAGCAGAUGUUAUUAUGUGUUGUAUAAAUGGGGCAGUGCCUGUGAAUCAACUGAUUAUAGCUUCAAACCAAUCACAAACCCAAAAAAAUUUCUAUUUGUAUUUGCAUUUGGCGGAUUACUUUAUUAGGGCUAUUCAUGAAAGUAAACGUCAUUGUUAACUUACCACUACUCAGAUUUGAUUUGAACAGUUAUAUUGAUCAAAUUAGUACACCUAACUUAACUUGAAUAGCCUUCCAGUUAACUGAGUAUUAAAUCAAGAUUAAUCCCUUAUCGAAACUCUCAUGUUUUGUCAUAGAGUGACAAAAUUGAUUAAUAAAAAAAAAAACACUAAAAUUAAAAGUCGCGAGUGUGAUUAUGUUCCAGAUACUUUUGUGUUUUAAUGUAAAUAAAAAUUUAGAUGAACUAUG